CAGCAUUCUGUUAUCCGAGACCGCUCUGACCAUCCUCCAUCCAUGAACCACCUUCCUGCCGCACACACUGCAUCUUUCUUCCCAAACGCUCUCGCCGGCAACGUCGAUGAGGCCAGCGCCAAGCAGAUCCUUGGCCACUUCAGCACGCUCAACUUUGCGACCCUGCCCGCCAAGGUGCUGGAGCUCAAGGGACUCCUGCAGACUCAGUACUAUCCCUUCGUGUGCCGACACAUUGUCUUCAAAGAGAUCUCUCGGGAUUCAAGUGUCAUACCCUUGUUUCUGGAUCUCUUUCAGUCGCUCAACAUCCCCGAGCUGGACCAUGUUUCGUUGACUCUGACGGUUGCGAGCGCGAAGGCGAUCUUGGGCUCGGACGAGAUUGUUGUCUCGCCCGAGCAGCGCCUCGCUCUGCGAAAUCUGGGCGUCUGGCUGUCCGGCUUGAAUCUUCGACGCUGGAAGCUCGUGAAGGCCAAGCAUCCCAUCCACAAGGAGCUCGUCCUUGACCUGAUGGAGAUCGAUCGCCUGACUGUAGCCAUUCCAUUCAUAUGCAACGUGAUGGAUUGCUGCAACAGCGCUAGCCAGAACUUUCGCCCGGCAAGCCCAUGGGGCAAGGCUCUUCUGAGAUCGGUCUCGGACUUUUACCAGGUGAAGCUCAACAUUCGAGCCGAAGUCGAUGAGCUCGAGCACCUGGGGUCAUAUCAAGCGCACUACCCUGUCUCCCGGCAGAACUUUUCGGCUGAUCUUGUGGUCAAGCCCGCCGCCGGUUUGGCCCCUGACACACUUCGCCGCUGCCUGUAUGAGUCCUCCCGUCGAACCAUCGAUGAGGUCAUGGAGUACGUUGUUGACCGGUGUGUCUCCAUUGCCACGAACACAACGCGCCUGCUGCUGCACCGUGAUUUUGCUCCCGAGCAUAGCGAAGCCAACAUCAAGACCGCUAUUCGCAUUUUGGUCCAGUCCCUUGCCGCUGCGCUGUCAAAUGUUGUAUCGCGCGACUCUAUCCGGCAGCGCACCAAGGCUCACAUGGUUGAGAUUUUCAAGGCCGCAGCGGAGGUUCCUGUCUCCGAGUUCUUGGUCUCCAGCUGGGUUGCAGACAACCUUGAAGUCCUUUCGCUCAUCAUCGAGCGGGCAACAUUCUCUACUGCUGCUCAUGAGGUCGACCGCCUCUUUUCGGUCUACCGGGAGCAGCUUGCAAGGGGAUUGGAACCCUUCCGUCGACUGGGAACAAACAGCAGCGUUGGACUGGCGCGCGAAGGCUCGCCAAAGCCCAUCCGACCUGCACUCUCUGGUGGCUUUCCUGAUCUCGAGAGUCUACAAUCGCCCGUUCCCAGCACAUCCGCCCGACGAUUUUCGCAACUAUUGAUCGAUCUCGAGACCAUCAUUGCGCAGAACUCGUCGCUCUCAUUGGCGACCUUGCCGAACCAGCAGGAUAUCAAGCAUUCUGUUCAGCAGAGCUUGGUGUUCAUCGACAAAUUUCCAGCGCGGUCGACUCAGCAGGAGGAGUUCUGUACACUCUUUGUCCAAAAGAUUCUGCAGUUGUUGUACCAGUAUCCAGACUCGCAGCUGGCGCGCGAGGUCUUUGUUGUGAUGCUGCAGAAGCUGACCGAAGUUUCAAAGAAAGCGCAUGCCGAAAUCCAAGAGUGGCUCCUGUACGCAGACACGGAGCGAAAGCUGAGUGUCCCGGUGAUGUUUGUCUUGGUACAGUCGCGUCUGCUCCCGAUUCUGGGGCUUGAUGUUCAAUUGGCGAGAUACAUCCAAAGCGCUCAGCCAUCCGAAGUCGAGUUUGCGAUCGACUUUAUCAAGAAAUGCCUGCUGGAGAAGACGGAUGCCGACCAUGCGCUAUGUAGCCGCAUUGAUUUGCUGACCUCCCUGGACGCCCUUGCUCAUCAAAAGUCGGCGGGGACGCUGAACGAAAGCGGUGCGGCGCUAUUGGACCAACUUCGGUCGCAGCUGCGAUCUGUCGGCGAUAUCGAACACGAGAGCCUCCAGGAGCAGCUGUCGCUCGUCUUUGCCGAAUGGAUCCGGAUCUAUCAGCACCCGUACUCGAGCGAGCGCAUCCAAGGUGCAUAUAUCGAGGAGAUUUUCGACCGUGGGAUCGUCGACAGCAACGACAGUCUCCAUAUCUUUCUCCGAACCUGUACCGAAGCCAGCCUUGACGAGUAUGUCCACAAGACGGCUUUCCUGGCACCGGCAGCUCCGCCGACGAGUUCAGACAGGAUCGUUGCAGUUGAUGCAUUUGCUCGUCUGAUCGUUAUGAUACUCAAGCGCGAUCUUCUGCGGUCUGACGAUACUUCGAUCGACCAAGCGGCUGCCGAGGGUGAAGCAGCGAACACCAGAGACCCUAUGUAUCUGACGACCAAGUCGCUCUCGAUCAUCACCUUGGUGCUCGUCCACCGACACAAGGAGCUGUCCACUGAAUUCAACCCUCAGCCGUUCUAUCGCCUCUUCUCGACCAUCCUCUCGGAGCUCGAGGCGAGCCGAUCCGUUCUGAAAGGCAAAUAUGUCAAAAUCCUAGUUUGCUUUGGGAAUGCUUUGCAUAAUCUGCGUCCAUCCCUCGUUCCCGGGUUCGCAUUUGCCUGGCUACAGCUCGUUUCCCAUCGCUACUUCAUGCCCAAGCUCCUUCUGGCCAAGAGACGAAAAGGCUGGUCUGUCUUUGAGCGGCUCCUCAGUGAUCUGCACCAAUUCAUCACGCCUCUUCCAAAAGACGCCGAGUCGGUCGACAAGUCGAUGCUGACGCUCUAUAAAGGAGCAGCCCGGGUGUUCCUCAUUUUGAUACACGAUUUCCCGGAGCUGCUGAAAGAGAAGGAGACUGCUUGCUCGGAACUGGUCGAGUCCUUGAAGGCGUUGAACGUCGCUGGGUGAGCCGCCGCCCGCCACCAUGGCCUUGCUGAAUAUGGCUGGCAUUGGUCGCUGGUCAAGCCCGGAGACGCCUGGCUUCAGACAGACACGCUAUAUCAACGCAAAUGUGUAUUCGGGGAGAACUCGUCUGCUGCAGAGCUCGGUGUUCUCGUGGGUCUCAUAUCGUACAGGUGAAGGUGAAGGCUGCAUCAUCAAACAGCCUUGGAUGAAGUAAAUGCAAUACAGAACGGGGCACCCAGGGCCGUCGCUUGUUUCUGGGUCCUGAAUACACCACUCCAUCGUUGCGCUGC